AUGGCCAUCUGCCCGGCACAGCGCGUUUGGCGCCAUGUCAUUGGCCUCCUUUGCCUGCAACCCACCUGGCCUGCGUCGACGGUGUCCACCGACUGGCUCGACGGUCGGUGUGCACCCCAUGCAGCGCUGCUGCCGCCGGAGGCAUGCGCUCCACGCGCCUUCCCAGAGCAGUGUGCGACGCGCACGCCCGUGGAUAGCUCCUGGGUGUGGCCCGGACGCAACUGGUGCUGGGUGGCCACGAAGCGCCACGCCUGCUAUGGGCAUCACACCUGGGAGGAGGCAGCAGAGGUGGCUGAAAAGGAGAUGGAGGUGGUCAAGGCCACUGAGGGUGACGUGCCGCUGCGGCGCCCGGAGCUUUGCGACGUGCGCGCGCACGGGCGGCCAUUGAAGCCGAACGAGACGGCGUCAGUGCAGCAAAGGACCAGCUUUCGCAUCGAGGCGGCAGAGGCCAGCUUUUGGUUCGAUCGGAACGUGGCGGUCUACGUGGUGAGCCUGCCCAGCGCUGUUCUCCGAUGGAACCGGAUGCAGCAGAGGCUCCAGGGCGUACAUCCAACCCCCUGGAGAAGACAAUUGGUGGCAAUUGGUUGGUAG